AUGGCAAAAUUUGUGAUCGCUGGAAAAGCUAAUUGUCCACAUUAUGCCAAAGCAGAACUAUUAGGAGAUUAUCUUCAACGUAAUUUACCUAAUUUUACUAUUCAUAAAUGGUCAAUUGAAGCCAAGAAUUGGGAUGAUUGGAUAAAUUCUAUAUAUGAAAAAUAUCAAUGGAAAUCAACUAAACGAUCAUCUCCAAUUAUAUGGCGUGAAUUACUUGAACGUGGUGGUCGUAGUACAUUAGUUGGUGAUCUUGAUGAUUUUCAAGAAUAUGCUCAAUCUUAUUAUGGAACAAUUCUUGAUCAUUUUAUGACAAAUUCAUCAGCACUUUUUCGUUUAAUUGCUGAAGAAAAUUUUCAACAAUAUACAAAUGAUAUUCAAUUAAAAAAUCAAUAUAUUGAACAAACAAUAAAUCCAUAUUAUGUUUGUAUUAUUGGUGCACAUCAUCCAUGUGCAUAUGAAUUAUUUCCAACAUUAUUUUCAACAAAUUUAUUUCCUAAUCGUGAUAUAUGUCUUCGUUUAACAACAAAUAAUAUAUCAAAUUUAUCAUAUUUACAAGCUAUGUCAAUGGAAAUUGAAGAUCUUGCAUGUAAACAAUUUCAUAAUAUUGAAAUUUCAUUACAAGAUAAUGAAAAAUUCUAUGAAAAUAUAGAUUUUAUUUUAAUUAUUGAUGAUUAUUUUUUUGAAGAAAAACAAAAAUAUUUUGAUUUAUUAGUUAAUGAAAAACUAAAAUUAAAUAAAUUAUAUGAUGAAGCAAAUUUAUUUGAUGAUGAACGACCACCAUUUAUACCAGAAAAAAUAAAAUAUGAUUAUAAAAAAGCAUUUAAUUAUUAUAAAAUAUUAGCUAAUCAAAUUCAAACAAAUAUUAAAUCAACAUGUCAAAUACUUAUUGCUUGUUCGAAUUCAACUAUGAUUGCAACACAAGCAUUUAUAAAAACAAUUAAAAAUAUUCCAACAAAUAAUAUUCUCGGUCUUUCAAGAACAAUUGAAAAUCAAGCUAAAGCAAGAAUUGGAAAAAAACUUAAUGUUGAUCUUAAAAAUAUUGUUGAUCUACAUAUUAUUGGAGAUAUUAAUGGUGAAUAUAUUAUUGAUACAAGUCAUUGUCAAACAAUUGAUUAUGAAGGUGCUAUAUGGGCACGAACAUUUUUAAGAAAUUCAAUAGAUAUGUUAGCUGAUUCGAAAUGGUUUAAAGACGUUCUUGGAAAAGAAGUUGAAAAUCGAGAUUUUGACCUUUAUACUCGUGCUGAACAUAAUCGAAUACUUGUUCAUACACAAGCAUCAGCUAUAUUAUCAUUUAUUCAAGAUUGGAUCAAUGGUUCCAAUGAUGAUUAUUCAUAUUCAUGUGUUAUGUCUUGUUCAAGUUCGUCUUUAGGUUUAACAGAAACAAAUGAUGAAGAACAAAUAAAUGAAAAUAUAAUUUGUUCUGUACCUGUAAUGAUGAAAGGUCCAGAAGAAAUAGUACCUAUUGAUUUAAAUCUAUCAAGUGAUAAUCGUCUUACACUCAUUCGUAUCAUCAAGGAUAUGCAAGUCAAAUAUAAAAUGGAUUGA